GCGCGUCUCGUGCGCCUCCAGUUCAGUCGCGUGGAGCAGCACGAGGAAUAAACAGGAAUAACGGAGAGACAGUAACGGGACGAAUGGCGCUCAUGGCCGGGAUUAUUUACUCGCUCACCUCGCUCUUCCUGGGGAUUUGUGCAGGUCUGUCCGCUCCGAGGAAUCCUCCGGCGAAUGAAGUCACGCUGCUGGAUUCAAGAUCGGUGCAGGGAGAUCUGGCAUGGGUCGCCAGCCCGACGGAAGGAGGGUGGGAAGAGGUGAGCAUCAUGGACGAGAAGAACAUCCCCAUCAGAACAUACCAGGUGUGUAACGUGAUGGAGCCCAAUCAGAACAACUGGCUCAGGACACACUGGAUCCAGCGCGGGCCGGCGCAGCGUAUUUACAUCGAGAUUAAAUUCACCCUGCGUGACUGUAACAGCCUGCCCGGCGUCAUCGGCACCUGCAAAGAGACGUUCAACCUCUACUACCUCGAGUCUGACUCCGAUAACGAGCGCUACGCUCACGAGAGCCGCUUUGAGAAGAUCGACACGGUGGCGGCGGACGAGAGCUUCACGCAGGUGGAUGUUGGUGAUCGGAUCAUGAAGCUGAACACAGAGAUUCGGGACGUCGGUGUUCUGAGCCACACAGGGUUUUAUCUGGCCUUCCAGGAUGUAGGAGCCUGUAUCGCUCUGGUUUCCAUUCAUGUGUUUUACAAGAAGUGUCCGUUAGCUGUGAGGAACCUAGCACAGUUUCCUGACACGGUAACUGGAGCCGACACGUCAUCACUGGUGGAGGUGCGCGGCUCCUGUGUGAAUCACUCAGAGGAGCAGGAGGUUCCCAAAAUGUACUGCGGUGCAGAUGGAGAAUGGCUGGUGCCCAUUGGGAAUUGCCUGUGCAACCCUGGAUACGAGGAACGGAAUGAGCAAUGUCAGGUGUGUAAAGUGGGUUACUACAGGUCUCUUUCUACGGACGACAGCUGUCGUAAAUGUCCACUGCACAGUUACUCCAUGAAAGAAGGAGCUACUUCCUGUGAUUGUGAUAAAGGAUAUUACAGAUCGGAGACGGAUCCUGCUGGCAUGCCUUGCACACGACCUCCAUCUGCUCCUCACAAUCUGAUUUCUAAUGUCAACGAGACGUCGGUGCUGCUGGAAUGGAGUCCGCCUGUCUCCUCCGGGGGCCGUCAGGAUCUCACCUACAACGUGGUGUGUAAGCAGUGUGUGCGAGACACGCAGAGAUGCACACCGUGUGGAGACGACGUGCGAUACUCUCCGCAGCGGCUGAGUCUGCGCUCCACACGGGUGUCCGUUCACCAGCUGCAGGCACACACCAACUACACCUUCCAGAUCUGGGCCAUCAACGGGGUGUCCAAACACAGCCCCAGUCUGGAGCAGGCCACGUCCAUCACAAUCACCACUAACCAGGCCGCUCCUUCCACGGUCAUGAUGGUUCAGAGUAAGGACAUCACGCGCCAGACGCUCUCUCUGUUCUGGGAUGAGCCCGAGAAACCCAACGGAGUCAUACUGGAGUAUGAAGUCAAAUACUACGAGAAGGAUCAGAACGAGAGGAGUUAUCGCAUCGUAAAGACGACGUCUCGUAGUACUGAUAUUAAAGACCUGACUCCGAUGACUUCCUACAUGUUUCACGUGCGCGCUCGCACCUCUGCAGGAUAUGGGGAGUUCAGCGCCCCCUUUGAGUUCAGCACUAACACUGUCGCAGCUCCUGUUGUUGGAGGAGUCAUUAGCUCUGCUGUGCUGCUGCUGUUGGUGGCCGGAUGUGUUGUUGUUCUCCUCCUCAUCCUCAUCAUUACCUUCAUCAUCACCAAAAGGAAAAGCAAAUACAGCAAAACUAAACAGGCAGAGGAGAAAAACCUGCAGCCAGGUGUGAGAAUAUAUGUGGACCCUUACACCUACGAAGACCCCAACCAGGCCAUCAGGGAGUUCGCUAAGGAGAUCAACACCUCCUGUAUCAAGAUCGAGAAGGUGAUCGGCAUCGGUGAGUUUGGCGAGGUGUGCAGCGGCCGUCUGAAACUUCCUGGAAAGCGAGAGAUCUGUGUGGCCAUCAAAACACUGAAGGCGGGGUUUACAGAGCAGCAGAGGCUGGACUUCCUGAGCGAGGCCAGCGUGAUUGGCCAGUUUGACCAUCCUAAUAUCAUUCACCUAGAAGGCGUGGUCACCAAAUGCAAACCAGUUAUGAUUAUCACUGAAUAUAUGGAGAACGGCUCACUGGACAUGUUUCUCAGAAAGAAUGAUGGCCGCUUCACCGUUAUUCAGCUGGUGGGCAUCCUGAGAGGAAUCGCGUCUGGAAUGAAAUAUCUUUCCGACAUGAGUUACGUUCACAGGGAUCUGGCAGCACGCAACAUCCUAGUGAACAGCAACCUGGUGUGCAAAGUCUCAGAUUUUGGGAUGUCCAGAGUGCUUGAAGACGAGCCAGAAGGAGCGUAUACUACUAGGGGAGGGAAGAUCCCAAUCCGCUGGACGGCUCCAGAAGCCAUCACAUACAGGAAGUUCACCUCAGCCAGUGAUGUGUGGAGUUACGGCAUCGUCAUGUGGGAAGUGAUGUCAUAUGGUGAACGACCAUACUGGGACAUGAGCAACCAGGAUGUGAUAAAGGCAAUAGAGGAAGGCUACCGGUUGCCGCCGCCCAUGGAGUGUCCUCUGGCUCUGCAUCAGCUCAUGCUGGAGUGCUGGAUGAGGGAACGAGCGGACAGACCCAAAUUCAGCCAGAUCGUCAACAUGCUGGACAAACUCAUACGCAAUCCUGCCACGCUCAAGAGGACGGCGGGAGACGCCAGCAGGCCCCACCCCUCCACACUUCACCACGCCCCCUCUGAAGGCUCCGCCCCCUCUGUAGGUUCUGUGGAUGAAUGGCUGAAAAUUAUUGGACUUGAGCAAUACAGAGAAAACUUCAGCACAGCAGGAUUCUGCAGCUUAGAGAGCAUCUCACCAAUGAGUCACGAGGAUCUGGGCAAAAUGGGAAUCUCAUGCAGUGCACAUCAGAGAAAGAUCCUGAGCAGCGUGCAGGAAUUAUUUUCUGGAAUGCAUCACAGACAAGACACAAAGGUUCCUGUCUGAUCUGUGACGAGGGGAAAAAACACUGCAUCAUGUUGGUUAACGUGCAUUACAAGAGGGGCGGAAUAUUUCACAUUCGCACUUUAAUGAAUACAAACGGUAUGAAGAUCAGAAUGAAUGAGCUAAACUGCACUUUUCUGGGCCUCUUUGUGCUUCUAUGAGACAAAAUAUAAAAUGACUCAAAGCAUCUCUUCAGAUGAGAUGUUUCUGGCCCUGUCAUUUUAGGAAGCGAGGCAGUAUUUUUUGACUGGAGAAAGUUUGAGAAGUGUCCUCCUCCUUUAAGUGGAAAGAACCAUUUCAACUUAAGUGCAAACAGACUACGACGCUUUUCACCUCAGGAUCUUUUCAGGAUGGCCGCUUGUUGUCAGCAGGAAGGAAUUGUUCCCUGCGGAUCAGAUUUGAACAUUAUAUUCAGAUCUUUUGCCUCGGGAGAUUUUGAGCGUUUGCCAACGAAGCUAACAGACCUUUUGGACGGUGUGUGUUUAUUUUACGAAGGCCAGAUGGGAGUUUCAGAGGCAUUGCUGAAUGGAAAAUUAUAUUGCUUUAUUUGUUGAAAAAAAUAAAUAAAUAAAGGGAAUGAGGAGAUAGAUCCAGAUAAGGUUUAGUCUUUAGUUACUCAUGUUCCAUAUAUCCAAUCUUUGCAUUUUUAAGUAGCAAAGUAAAAGACUCAAUCUGAUGAUCUUCCUUGUUUUCUUUUCAAUCUUGUUUUUUUCUCUCCUUUCAAUUUCAUUUAUUUUAAUAAAUGUCUGCACCUUUGAGUACCAUUGACUCUGCACCCAGAGAUCAUACACCAACAGCUAAAUCUGUGUAGAAAUUGAUCAAAUGUUGGAAACUGCUGAGUCGAAUCAUUGCAAGAAUUUUAUAGUCACAGAUAUAUUUUUAGAAUUUUUUUUCACUGUACAAAAUCUAGGAAUUUGUGUGUACAUAGUUUGUAAUAGUUUGAUGUACAUAAUACCAGCAGACAUUUCCAUGUACAGCUCCAUCAUUUUCUUCCUGUUUUUCUUUACAUGUGUUAACAGAAUGUAUUUAAUUAUACAGUGAGCAUAAUAUUCAUGUUGGCAGUAAAUGUAACAUUUUAAAACAGCAGUACAUUUAAGAAAGUUUCGGUAACAUAUUGAGGAGUCUUUUAAUUUCACAGUUUCUGUAUUUCCACCUUUAGGUGCACCUAACUUAUGAGCUUUAUUUAUGAUCUUUUGUAUCUAGUUCCUAAAAUAAAAAUUUUAAGACACUGUA